GGUAAGAGAAUCUUAUUACUUAAUAAAAAAGGUUAAAGAUCAAAAAGCUCUUCCACAUGUUUUUGUAAUUACAUAUAGAUAUAAGAUAUUAUUAUGUUUUACUUUGAAAUAUUAAGCAUUGAAAUUGUAAUGGAUUAGUGGUUAAACUCUCACAUACAUUUCAAAGGUCGUGUGUUCGAAUUUUAGUAACUACAUAUUGUUAAUAUUUUUUUAUUGAGAUUACAAACAUGUAUAUUAAAAGUUUCAGAAGAGUGUCACGUGGCAUUCUUUUGAUAGGAAGGUCUUUUAAUAUAUUUAUAUAGAUUAGAAAGUACUUUUGAAAUUGAAUUAUAAAGUGAUUGGCCAAAGUGAUAAUAAGACCUUAUAAAAAAAACUAGUUAUUAGGCUCGAGCUAUGUCUUUGGGUAAGAAAAUGUUUCAUUUAUUAAUAUUAUACUUUAAAAUGAUAACACUAAAUACAACUUGAUCUAGUGGUUAAAACUUUAGUAUCUGAACUUGAAGUUAGGGUUCAAAACAUAUACUAUGUAAUUUCUAAUUUUUAAUAAGUGGUACACAAAAAAUGUAACGGAAGUUAAUUAAGUUUAAUUUGGUGGGGAAAACUUUGUUCUUUUUGUGCAAAGGGGGGAAAACUUUGUGAUGAAGUGGGGUUUUCAUGGCAUAAAGACUUAUGCUAUUAAGAGGAUCUUCAGACCUCCUUAUCAUGGCACCACAAACUUACAUUCCCUUACCCUCAAAUAAGGAAAAAAAAAGGUCACUUAUAUUCUUCUUCAUCUCUUCCUUCAAGUUCCUCUCCAACCCUACCUUUUACUUCCAAACUUCAGUACUAUCAGAGUAUCAGUAGCUGCACACUUACCUUCAAAUAUUUCAUAGAACAUGGAAAUAGAGAACAAUAUGAUGAUCACAAGGCCAAGGUACGCCCUUUUGCUAGCAGCACAUGACUCAGACUACGUGAAGAAAGUAUAUGGAGGAUACUUCAAUGUUUUUGUCGCGGCAUUCGGCGAAGAAGGAGAGAUAUGGGAUUUGUAUAGAGUUGUGGAGGGAGAAUUCCCAGACAUGAAUGAGCUUGAGAGCUAUGAUGGGUUUGUAAUUAGUGGGAGCCCCUAUGAUGCUUAUGGGAAUGAUUAUUGGAUCAUUGAGCUUUGCCUUCUUUUGCAAAAUCUUGAUGCCAUGCAAAAGAAAGUUCUUGGUAUCUGCUUCGGUCAUCAGCUAUUGUGCAGGGCAUUGGGAGGAAAAGUGGGAAGAUCUCCCACAGGAUGGGAUAUAGGCGUAAGAGAAAUAAGAAUAGAUCACAAGGAAUUUUUGCCCAAACAACUUGACUUUUCAAAGGGUUCAGAUGAUGAGAUUCCACGUUCCUUAACAAUAAUUGAGUGCCAUCAAGAUGAAGUAUGGGAGUUGCCGUUUGAUGCUGAGGUGGUAGCAUCUUCUGAUAAGACAAGGGUAGAAAUGUUCACCAUUGGCAACCACAUUUUGGGCACUCAAGGCCAUCCUGAAUAUACAAAAGACAUUCUAUGUCAUCUCAUUGACCGACUAGUCGCCAAUGGCUCUAUUGAGGAAGAUUUUGCUGAAACAACGAGGUCCAAAAUAGAGAACAUCGAGCCUGACAGAUAUUACUGGGAGAAGCUUUGCAGAAAUUUUCUCAAGGGAAUUCACAUGGAGUUAAUGAUCAACUUUUCAGUCUAAUAUAAAAGUUUAUUGUGUGUAUAAAUAAUAAUAAUGGGUCAUCCUCAAUUGAAAUCAUGUGACUGUAUUUAUAAUAAGGGGUUCUCUCCAACUUAUUUUCAGUUCA